GAGUUCGGCUUGGCGAAGGAAGGGUUUGAGGAGGCGGGUCGCCGAGCAUCCCGAGAGAGAACUGCAUAAAAGAGGAAGGAAUAAUCCCAGGUCUCUUGCCAUUGGAGCUGCAGGUCCCUGGAACGUGGAAACCAAGAAGCAGGCUCUGGAGAGUGGAGGUGGAGUUUAGGAAGAUCAGAGGAUAAAUAAAACUGCUGAUGCUCCAGAAACCUAGGAGGGGUCACCAUGGAGACUUUUUCCUCCUCAAGGCGGGAGGAAAGAGCUCUGCGUUGUCAAGCCUCAGCCCUUUCCCAAGAUGGGGAAGACAAAACCAAGUUUCAGGAGCCAUUGACCUUCAAGGACGUGGCUGUGACCUUCACGGAGGAGGAGCUGGGGCUGGACUCCACCCAGAGGAAGCUGUACCGAGACGUGAUGCUGGAGAACUUCCGGAACCUGCUCUCUGUGGGGCAACAACUUUUCAAGCCUGAUAAGCUGUCCCAUUUGGAACAAGGCAAAGAGACUUGGGUGACAGAGAAACUCCAAGAGAGGCACAUCCAGACACAGAAUGAAUCGACAUGGAAAAUACAAUAUAUAAAUGUGACUGGGGUGAUUAUGGCUUCAGGAUAUCAUGUGGUCAUGAUGACCACAGAAAACCUGAAAGAGGGAAACCACGUAACUGAUAAAUGUAGAGAAAACUGCAUUAAAAAGUCAGUACUUCAACACCCUAACUCCGGAGAGAACGGCUUUAAAAGAAAUGAACGUGGAAAUGGCCUCAGGGAUGAAUCAAACCUUCCCACUCAGCCAAGGGUGCCCUUGAAAGAGAAACCCUAUAAAUAUCAAGAGUUUGCUAAGAGCUUGAGGCCAGGUGCCUGUCUGGAGAGACCUCAAAGAAUCCCCACAGGAGACAAAUCCUUUAAAAAUACCCAGCACGGUCGGGUCUUCAGGCAGAACACACACCUUCACAGCCUCCCCGGGGCCCACGCAGGAGACAUGCCCUAUGGAUGCGAUGUCUGUGGCAAGGGGUUCAGGUAUAAAUCAGUCCUUCUCAUUCACCAGGGAGUGCACACGGGAGAGAAACCUUAUAAAUGCGAGGCAGGCGGCAAGGCCUUCGGGCGAAGCUCCAACCUGCUUGUCCAUCACCGGGUCCCCAGGGAGAAACCAUAUAAAUGCAGCAAGUGCAGGAAAGGCUUCAGCUACAGCUCGGUGCUUCAGGUCCAUCAGAGGCUGCACACGGGGGAGAAGCCCUACACAUGCAGCGAGUGUGGCAGAGGAUUCUAUGCUAAGUCCACCUAACGUAAGCAUCAGCAUGGCUACCUGGGGGAGAAGCCCCAUAGCUGUGUCAAAUGCCGGAAGGGAUUCAGUUGUAGCUUGCAUCUCAGCAGUCAUCAGAAAAUGCACCCAGGAGAGAAACCCUACCAGUGUGACCAGUGCGACAAGGGUUUCAGUCACAACUUGCACCUCCAGGCUCACCAGAGGGUUCACGCGGGUCAGCGCCUCUACGAGUGUGAUGUGUGUGGGAAGAGCUUCAGCUACAGCUCGGGGCUUCUCACACAUCAGAGACUGCAUACAAGAGAGAAGCCCUACAGAUGCGAGUGUGGGAAAGGCUUCAGCCGAAGCUCAGACCUCCACGUCCAUCAGAGGGUCCACACGGGAGAGAAGCCCUACAGAUGCACCAAGUGUGGGAAAGGCUUCCAGCGGAAUUCAGACCUUCACAGUCACCAGAGGGUCCACACGGGGGAGAGGCCCUACAUCUAUGACGUGUGUGGGAAGGGCUUCAUUUACAGCUCUGACCUCCUCCUCCUUCAGAGGGUCCACAUGGGAGAGAAACCCUGUAAAUGCACCGAGUGCAAUAAAGGCUUCAGUUACAGCUCAGGACUUCUCAUCCACCACAGGGUCCACACGGACGAGAGACCAUACCAAUGCAAAGAGUGCGGAAAGGGCUUCAGAUGCACCUCGAGCCUCCACAAACAUCAAUGAGUCCACACAGGCAAGAAGCCCUACACGUGUGAGUGGGGCAAGAGAUUCAGCUAUGGUUCCAACCUUCUCACCCACCAGACACUGCACAUGGGAGAGAAGCCCUACACUUGCUACGAAUGUGGAAAGGGCUUCCGGUAUGGCUCAGGUCUCCUCAGUCAUAAGAGAGUGCACACUGGAGAGAAACCCUAUAGAUGUGAUGUGUGUGGGAAGGGCUACAGUCAGAGCUCACAUCUCCAAGGCCAUCAGAGGGUCCACACUAGCGAGAAGCCCUAUAAAUGCAAGGAGUGUGGGAAGGGCUUUGGUCGAAGCUCCUGUCUCCAUGUCCAUCAGAGGGUCCACACUGGAGAGAAGCCCUACAAGUGUGCAGAGUGUGGGAAAGGCUUCAGUUAUAGCUCAGGUCUGCAAAAUCACCAGAGGGCGCAUUUAAGCGAGGAACCUUACAAGGAGACCUGA